AUGUUUGUGGAUGGGAAGAAAUAUGCAUGUGACGCUUGCGUCCGAGGGCAUCGCGUGAGCGGAUGCAAUCACAACGACCGUCCAUUGCAAGAGAUUGCAAAGAAGGGACGUCCGGUAUCACAGUGCCAGCACUGUCGAAGUCUGAGGAAGUCGCGUUCGUCUCACGUCAAAUGCGACUGUGGGGAAAAGACUAAGGGAGCCCCGAAGCACCACUAUAUAAACGAGAAUGGGAAGCUCGUAGAAUUGGACGAGUCCAAAGGCUCGCAUUGCCAAUGCCCACAUGGCGGCCGAUGCACUUGUUCUAUCAAAAAGGAAUAUCUGGAGUGCGUGCCAGAAACAACCACCAGUACACCAGGCUCCUCGACUUCUAGCGAGGGGCCACGGGUGAAGCCACGGCUUCAAUCGACACAAUCCGAGAGUAGCCUGACUCGCUUCACAAAUGGACAUCAUAGAGUGAUUCAUAGACACCACUCUUCUCAUGGAAGUGCGCCAUAUCAUAUCCCGAUUCAUCAUCAUCACACAUCCGGCAGCGAUAGCCAUGACAAGAUAACGCCAGAAGUGGAUCUUUCGUCUUCCCACGGACAUAUCAUCAUGCCCUCCGAUCCGGAAGAUCUACCGGCUACAUAUCAAAGAUCUAAUUUAAGCCGACAAAUCAAAUCCGAAACUGGUUCGCCCUCAGUAGCAUCAUCUGGAUACCAGGAAGGCAGCGAUUCAACGUUACCCACAAAUCUGAGCCGCACGAUCUCUGAAUUCAACUUGAACGGAUCUCGUGGGGUUUUCGAUCUCUCGCUGCGAACCACGGACUUACCAGCCUUUGAUACCCCGGACUACUCCGCCCGCGAAUUUUACUUUUCCGCCGUUGAUUCAGAAGCAGGGCUCCCAUUCUCGGCAUUCAACCCCCCAAACUCAGCGACAUGGCAAUAUGAGGCAAGUUUCGACAGCUUUUGUGAGGUGCCGCCUGGACUUACUCAAUCUGUCUCUGGAGACGAUUCUGAAGUUGAGACUUGGGCGUACCCCACGCUUCCCAGCCCUGUACACAACAUCACCCCUGGAUAUCUCAAUGGACCCUUCUCUGCGGAGUCUUCCGACUUUUACGAAUCCGAUCAUCAUGACGGCCUUAGUACAGUGUCUUCAAGAGUAGGACUCGCCAACAUUGCUACGCUUCCGCCACCCGACCUUGGAUCCAUGGAAAACUAUUUGAACACCGGCUUUGACGGCAGCACCUUUAACCUAGGUGUUCAGGAAGGCGUUUCCUUGGCCGAAAUUGGGUUUGAAGGUGUCCCACCAACAGCUUACGAGGACGGCAAAACUAUCUCUUCGGCCGAAAUUGGAACUGAACACGGGUCGCAUCUCUUCGCAGAUUCCGAGGUUCUGAUGAUGGUUCCUGUAACAACCCAAAAUGUACCCCUUCCUCCAGAAUUCGAAGCUCGGUAG